AUGGCUUGUACUGUUAUUGACGGUCCAAACUUUUAUCCAGCCCAGAAAAUGGAAAGAGUAUUCAAAGAGAUUGAUGGUGCGGUGAUUGAAAUCCUUGAGUAUAUACCUAUGCUUUUUCUGAAAUACACGAGGACCCAUAAAGAUCCUAGAUAUCGUACGGAUGAUCCUGUAAUGGGCGAAGAGGGAUUUGAUAUUUGCGAGUUUCACAAACACAAAUUCAGUGAAAACUGUAACACGAAACCAAAUGAAUGA